AUGACUGCAGCAUAUGUCAGUGCCAAGAACCAACUGUGGGACCAGUUGCUGCCAGAGUUCCAUUUUGCUAUCAACACCGAUUGGCAAGAGAGUACAGGUUUCACUCUGGCUGAGGUGGCCUUGGGCAGACUCGUCAAUGUCCGAGAUCAGCCCUAUCACUGUGGUGUCGUCUGCAUACUUGAUUAUGGUAUUUGUAUUGUGGACAGGAACGCAGUCAUAGAUGAAGAAAGAGUACAGGCAUGGGCUCAGUACACGGCCUUGAGGAGCACCAGUGUUCAGUAUCAGUGGGGAGGACUGGGAGGCUGCAGGAUGCUGCAAGCUACAAAUUCAUCUUUCCUGGUGGAGGCAGAUUUAAAGGAGUACUGUUAUCCUGAGUCUAAUGUGUCUUGUAUGAAAAGCUUUUAUAAUGUAACCUCUAGAUCUGUGUUAUAUGUUUUACUGGUGUUGGCGAUGUCAGUGACCAUUCUGGGGAACUCAGUGGUCAUUAUUUCCAUUGCGCAUUUCAAGCAACUGCACACACCCACCAACAUGCUGGUGAUGUCUCUAGCCCUGGCGGACCUGUUGCUGGGUGUGAUUGUAAUGCCGUUCAGCAUGAUCCGAUCUGUGGAUGGGUGCUGGUACUACGGAGAAGCCUUCUGCUUAUUGCACUCUAGUUUUGACAUGCUCCUUACCUCUGCGUCUAUUUUCCACCUGAUCUGCAUUGCAAUAGACCGAUAUCAGGCUGUGUGCCAUCCGCUUCAGUACCCAACAAGAAUAACCAUACCUACUGCAUGGCUGAUGGUAGCUCUGAGCUGGAUUACAGCCGCAGUGUAUUCCUACGGUCUCAUGUAUUCAAAGGCAAAUGUAGAAAAACUAGAUGAGUACAUUGAAUCAAUAUAUUGCAUGGGAAGUUGUAACCUUUUGUUUAAUGCACUGUGGGGGGCUCUGGAUACAUUGAUAGGCUUUCUUUUGCCUUGCACAGUCAUGUUUUGCUUGUAUGCUCAAAUUUUUUUGGUUUCAAAAAGGCACUCGAGGAAAAUCAAGGGAACAAAGCAGAGCAAAAAUGAGACGAGCUUAAACAGGGUUUCUCAAAGCAUGAAACGUGAGAACAAGGCAGCGAAAACCCUCGGCAUUGUUGUAGGUGCAUUUAUUUUUUGCUGGAUGCCGUUUUUUGUCAACUCUCUAAUUGAUCCUUACAUUAACUUCUCCACUCCCAUGGUAGUUUUUGAAGUGUUUGUCUGGUUGGGCUACAUUAAUUCAACUUUAAAUCCCAUAAUAUACGGCCUCUUCUACCCGUGGUUCAGGAAAUGUCUCUAUCUCAUUGUUACACUGAGAAUAUUUGCUCCUCAUUCCUCUGACACUAAUGUAUUUGCAGCUUGA